CCAGGUUUUCUUUUGUCUUUCUUUGCAGUAGCUGAUUGCCUCCAGUCAAAGUCUGAUCUCUGUGAUUCUAGUUGUGCAGCAUUUCCUACCUCUGACAUGUCCUAUCAGAAAGGGGUGAGGUAUACUUACAGAUAUAGAACAGCAAUCACCACAUCAUUGCACGGAUCGAAUGCUGGCAGAAAUGGACUGGUUCUGGACUGUGUGGUUGAUAUUGAUGUCGUCUCUAAGUGUCAUCUAAUGAUGCAGAUAAGAAAUCCACAGAUGAAGUGGCUUUCUCCUCAAAAGGAACACUCUGUGCCUCACUUAAAAAGUUUGAGGGAGUCGCUGGAGAGAACGCCUGUGAAGUUUUCCCUCCAGGGGGGAAAGAUCUUUGCCCUAUGUAUCCAGGAGGGGGAGCAGGUGUGGACGUUGAACAUUAAAAGGGCUUUUCUGAGCAUGCUCCAGACCUCCCACACAGCCUCGAAACAUUCAGAAAUGGAGACUGAUGUGCAUGGGACGUGUACCAGCUUGUAUGAGAGGCAAGGACGAUUACUGUUGAAAACCAGGUUUCUGAAACAGUGUCACCAAUUGAGACUGGCACAUUUCUGGACCCAUUCCGAAGCUGUAACUGGAGACACGUCAGUGCAAUCAGAGCUACGCUGUGUUCAGGCGUAUGGCUCUGCAGUUAUGGAAGAGGUCAAUUGUACCGAAACUGUAUCCAUAGCAACAUGGUCCAAGACCUCAGGGCAGGUGAAGACACAAACUGAGUCAACUUUGUUGCUGCUAAGAGCCCAGCCUGGCACUCUUGCGGGAACAGAUUCUUUAUAUUUUGGGACACAAACCGAUCUGCCGUUUGAGGACGAAGGAGCUGCAAGGCCUAGAAACAUUUUCACUCCUCAAGUCAGUCAAACUAUCCGGAUGUUGUGUAGCGUCACAUCACGUCCACAAGAGGUGUCACAUUGGUUUCUUCAGUUGGCUUUUCAGCUUCGAGAGCUGACUCUACCACAGCUCAAGACACUUUGGCAGGAAAUGUCUUUCAAGUGCCGCGAUGACUGGCAGCCCUUGUUGGAUGCAUUACCUGCUUGUGGCUCAGAAAACUGCAUCAUACUACUGACCGACCUAAUGAAGGGAAAAGAACUGGAGGACGAACAGGCUCAUUCUUUUCUCACCACCAUCGCCCUCAUCCCUAAUCCAUCACCACAGAUCAUACACUCCCUCAAUACUUUAGUUGAUGUUCAAGAGGUGAGAGACAAGGCUCUGCUGGCUGGAUCCUCUUUGAUCCAUCAACUAUGCCAUCAGUCCACUACUCCCUGCAUUGACCUUCCUCAGGUACAGACCUUCAUACAGACACUAGAAGUAGCCGUGAAGGAAGGCUGUGAACCACAAAGUCCCACCAAAGUAAAAGAGCUUACUUAUGCAAUGAAAUCUGUGGGCAACAUGGGUGUGGCUGCUUCAACCUUCAUCCCGCUGUUAUAUCACUAUGGACUCAACCACUCAGUACCUUUGGAGCUGAGACUAGUCGCCAUAAAAGCCUUCAGACGUUUUGAUUGCUCAGCUAAUAGGACUUUGUUGUUGCAGCUGUACAGCUCCUCCCUGGAGGCUGUGGAGGUCAGAAUUGCCGCAUACCAGGAGCUCAUGCGCUGCCCGGAUCAGGAUGUGUUUGAAGCGGUGAAGGUGACCCUAAGAAAUGAAAAAUCCAGCCAAGGCCUGGGAAUAACAAAUGUGGAAACAACCAUCAUUUUCUCCCCCAAAUCAUUUCUUCCGAGCACUGUCUCCAUCAACCUGACAGUGUAUUUUCAUGGGAGAGCCAGCAACCUUCUAGAGGUGGAUCUUCACAUUGAGAAUGCUCAACCACUUCUGAAGAGCAUUUUAGGUCAGCUGAAUCCCUCCAAAACUGGAGACCCCAUUUCCUCAGACCACUCGGCAUCCAAAGAGGCAACGAAGACAAGACGAAAAAUAAAUGAAGACCAUAGAGAAGAGAAAGACUUAUGUUUAUCCAGCUCCAACAGUUAUCUGAAGCAGGCCAGGGCGUUGGGUCAUGAGGUUCAGUUCACCCACAAGGCUGUGCUCUUGACAGAGGAGUUGGUUCUGCCGUCCUUGUCUGGCUUACCUGUGAAAAUAGCCACUAAUAUGACUUCCUUUCUUUCACUGCGGCUCAAAGGAAACAUCAACUACAGGGAUAUGUCUCACUUCUCCCUCGCUGGUUACAUUAAACCCAAUGGUUAUGUAGGCCUGACAGCCAGGAUGGGGGUUGAUGGCACCCUGGGUCAUGCUGCAGUGGAGUGGAUGUCUGAACUAGUGAGCUCCACUAGUCUGGAUGGGAGUGUCCACAUGCAGGAGGGCCAAGAUCUCAGGGUCACACUCAACACUCCAGAGGAGGCCAUGGACAUUGUGUCUCUUAGCUCCCGAGUAUUUCAACUGAGUGGCGAUCGCAGGGAGGAGAUGAAAGGUCCAAAGUGUCGCAUCCAGCAGACAGCCUGCACACCAAAGACCUGGUCCAAGAUGGUGGGCUGGCAACUAUGCGCCAAUGCAUCCUAUCCCCUCGCUUCCGGGAGCAUCUCGCUCCCGCCCUCAGGUCCCACCCACCUCUCCGUUAGGCUGCUGAAACUGGACAGAGGUCUCCAUUACUACUUGCUUGAGGCUGCCUUCUCAAUGGACCCACUGGUAGAUAGCUGGUUUCCAAAAGAGGCUUCCAUCCACCUCCUUCUGGCUACUCCAAAGUCAUCCAUCCCCAGGGACAUGUCACUUGACCUAGCCUUCAACCCUCGCAUAUUUCUGCUCAGGUUAUCUCAUCCUCUAAAAAGUAUCCUCAUACAAGGGGAACUUGAACAAGAGAGGAGUAUAAAGAGUGCAAAACUUGAGCUGACAAUUGAUGGGGUUCAUUAUUAUGUUAUGGGUUUGGUGGACAAGCAGACACUCAUCUCAGAGCUUAGGACACGCUAUCAUUUUGAAGCCAAAAUGGCUGCCAAUAGAAAUCCCAUCAUCCUCUCUGCCAACGUUACCCGUGGAGUGGGCAAAAAGAUGAGCUUUUCUGCCACAGUGAAGAAUGUGUUUAGAGUACCGGCAUCACUUUCAGUGGCCCUGGAGCGAAGGAGGGACAGCCACAGCAGACAGUACUCUCUAGAGGUCGAACUUUUCUUACCUGGUGUCAUUGGAAGCAGAAUGCUAGGACUCGUGGAGCAGAAAGGCUUGCUGUGGAGUUCUGCGCUUCGCCUCAAAUAUGGUCUGGGCGGUGAUGCCCGGCACCUGCAUCGGGAGUGCCACACAUCCCAAAGUGUGAAGAGUGAGAGGCACGCUAACCUCACGUACACAGUGAGAGCUGAUCACGAGUUCUACUGUUCCAACAUGCCUCAUAUCAACCACAAAAUCUACUUCAGGCAUGAGGAAAGCCAAACCCAUGUAAAAUCAUCUGUGGAUAUGAGCUACGGUAAACACUGGGAUGAGAUCAACAACAAACACACGCUACUUAUGAGCCAGUCCUUAAAAAAUCAGUCGACACAAAACCACACCAGCUACACAUUGGAGUUCAAUUUCCAGGUUCCAGAAAAAGAUUUAAACUACCGCACCCAGCUAAUGCACUCCUACCUUAGACAGCUCGGGUCUGAGAGUAGUACUCACCUUAAAAUCAACUACAACAACUUGACACCACUUGUGGCUGGUAUACACUGGAAAAGCCCUCCAAAUGACACCCCACACAAGAAAUGGGAAGCAACGUUUAAUAUGGACACUCCGUGGCUGUACAUUUACACGACCCACAAGCUGAGUAAGCACCAUCGCCACACGCUGCAGCUCAACUCUGAACUGACUGCCAACAAAUGGGUGACUGUCCGCAACCUCGUCCUGGAGGCUUCCUACAGGGAUAGGGGCCGCGAGAAGGAGGCCCGUCUCAAGCUCCACACUCCAGCUGUCACAUUCUUACAACUAGGAGGACUGGGCUUCAUGGCAAAGAAGAAUAUGAAAACCUCGUGGUCUCUAAGCUCACUGUGGACUGCACCCCUGAGAGGAGACAUCUCUCUGGAGACGCUGAAAUCCAGCCUCACCUUGCAGAUGUCCUCCAGCUACAGCAAACAAAACAUCACCGUCUCAGCUGCCCUGAACACCAUUGACAAGCUUUUGAAAAAGAGGCAAGCGAUAUUGAAGGUGAGCUUGUUGGAGCCCAAGAGUCACCCCACUGAGUUUGAGUUUGAAGGGACAAUGGAGGAACUGAAGAAGGACAAAAAGAUGUACCAAAAAACAGCCCUGCUCCAUCUUAGACAGCCAUUCAAGACGUUUCCUCAGAAGCUUCUCCUUAGGGAGACUUUCACCGUGGACCUCCUGAAAGGCCUUUACAUCCUGGAAUCAAGAGCUGGUUUUUAUAGCAAUAAAGAGAUCAAUCACACACUGACCGUUGGCUACAAAUUACCAAGCCCUUUUGUUUGCUCUGCACUGAUCCAUCCUUUCAACACAGAAACGUUUCCAUCAGACUCUGAGAUCUGUUUUACCAUGUCCAGCAACCAAACCCAGAAAGACAUCCAAGGAAGGUUGCGAGUCAGCAGCCAAGAGAAGCUGAGUUUCUUUGGGCAAAUUAUAUUUAAUUCAUUGCACACAAGUCAGCAAGCACUAAGGGUUCGAACCAACGUCACCCAUCAGCUCCAGCUGCAAAUCCCCUCUUUUGCUUUAAUGGAGGGAGAUGUAUGCUGGAGCCCCAAAAACAACACAGACUUUGAUUAUCUACUUCGAGGGAGACUGAAAAUUGAGCGACAGGAGUGUCAACUUUCAAUGCAGCUCAACGGAACUUCCGACAGAAUUCUUCUCUAUUCAUCUCUCAGGCAUCCUUUCAAAUCUAAAAUUCCCAAAUCUCUGGAGGUGGGUUGA